AUGGCCCCCAGAAAGGGUGUUUCCACCUCGCUGGCCGAGGUGAAGAGAAGAAAGCCGGCGUGCGCGGAGUGCCGGAAAAGGAAGAAGCGGUGCGGGCACCGCGUCGACCUCCCUUCCGUCUCCGAGGCCGUUGUUCCCCCCGCCGUCGCCGCCGACGCUGCCAAUGCCGCCAACGUCCCAGACGUCCCGGCCGCCGCCGCCCAAGUCGAUGCACCGAUCGACGACAUCACCGCGGCACACAUCCUCUUGUCCAUGAGGUAUGGCACCUCAGUACAGGAGCCUGCCCUGGAGGGUGACCAGGGCCGUAUACCUAUAACUUCGGCCUCCGGCGCCGAAUCCUCUGCGGCUACCCCCCGGAACCCUGCUGCCAGCCCCAGCAGGCGUUCCCAGACGCCCUUCAGGAUUUCUCGGCCGAGCCGCCCAAUUCCUCGACCCCGGGCCGCAGACAACGCCACCAUGAUGGCGUUAAAUACCAGCUUCUUCCGGCAAAUGGCCAAGAAGCUGCAGGACUUUGAGGCCAAGUACCAGGCCUCCUUGGCUGCGCACCAGGCGGUCAUGGAGGCUGGGAAGGCCGUCAAGGACCUGACGGACUGGUGGUUCGAGGUUUGGCUUACCCAACAAGCCGGCGAGGAGAAGUAG